GUAAAUACCUAACUUGAAAACUUAAAGAAAUGGGCAAGACUUGGUUGCACCAUGUUUGCUAUAUAAAUCCAUGUAACUACUAUAAACCUGUCAGCCAAAAGUGAGCAAUGGCGAUGCAUGGAACAUUAGCAUUUGUGAUCCUCACUGCCAUUGUUUCCAUGGCUUCUGCAGCUACACCAGUCACAUUCGUCUUCGGCGAUUCAUUAACAGAUGUUGGGAACAACAACUAUCUCCCAUAUUCUCUUGCAAAAUCGAAUUUCCCGUGGUAUGGGGUUGAUUAUGAAGGAGGGAAGGCUACAGGAAGAUACACAAAUGGAAGAACAGUUGGUGACAUUAUAUCUUCAAGACUUGGGAUUCCAUCACCACCACCGUAUCUUUCCUUGUCUCAGAACGAUGAUGCAAUUCUUACUGGAGUUAAUUAUGCAUCUGGUGGAGCUGGCAUUCUCAAUGACACAGGACUUUAUUUUAUUCAAAGACUGUCUUUUGAUGAUCAAUUAGAUUAUUUCGAAAAGACCAAAGGCAGAAUCAAGGCUAAAAUUGGAGAGAAGGCAGCAGAUAAGCUAUUGAACAAUGCCAUCUACUUAAUUGGUCUAGGCAGCAAUGACUAUGUCAACAAUUACUUGCAGCCCUUCUUGGCAGAUGGUCAACAGUAUACGCCAGAUGAAUUCUUAAACCUUUUAAUCUCCACCUUAGACAAACAACUCCAGAGGCUGCAUCAACUGGGAGCACGGAAGAUUGUCUUCAAUGGGAUUGGUCCUCUUGGCUGCAUUCCUUCCCAGAGGGUGAAAUCAAAGACAGGAGGAUGCUUAAAGCGAGUCAAUGAAUGGGUUCAGCAAUUCAACUCAAGAGUGCAGAAACAACUUCUCUUUCUCAAUCAUCGGCUCCCUUCUGCACAACUAAGCUUUGCAGAUUCCUACCCUGCAGUAUUAGAUUUAAUCAUGAACCCUACAGUCUAUGGUAAAAAUGUUGCUUUGAAAAGAUUCAAGACUACAACUUGCUUUGUCUUAUUGGUUGAAUUAACUUGGGUUCUUGCAGGUUUCAAGAUCUCCAACACCUCAUGUUGCAAUGUGGACACAAGCGUGGGAGGACUCUGUUUACCCAACUCAAGAAUGUGCAUCAAUCGCAGAGAUUAUGUUUUCUGGGAUGCUUUCCAUCCAACAGAUGCAGCAAACGCCAUUCUUGCCGAACGCCUCUUCUCAAUGAUCUUCGCCCAUUCUCAUUCCCCUGCACCUGCACCGGCACAUUCACCUUCUCGGCACUGAUUAAUCUUAGAUACAGUAGUACUUUGGCUAUGUACACAAGAGCUUAGAACCUAAAUAUUCAUCUUAAAUAUCAUAUG